UGUGUCUGAGAGAUUUCAGUGUGUGUCUCCAUGCCAGCGUGAUGUUUGUAUCUUCUUGCGUCGCUAUGUGUGGAUGUGCCUGACAGAAUCCGGAAGUUAAAGGAUUAACUGCCAAACACUGGAGAUCUGGUGUGCCAAAUAUUUCAUCAGCCCGGGGCAAAAGAGCGGUCAGCGGGUCCUGCUUCUGCUCUGGUAUUUUGACAAGCCAGUUUGUUCACUGCGAUGUCUGCGUUUGAUGGAUUUAUAACCAUUCAAGGUGGAUACAAUAUUCUGUGCUUACAAAAAGUGGUAAAGACAGUAUAAACAAUGCGUUUUCUGGACAUUUCUUGUGGAUUUCUGAAUCCACUGAUCAUUCUCCCAUGACCUCUUUUCAUGGUGCGCAUCCCACUGCUGUAAAAAAGAAAUCGAUGAUGAUGAAAAGCACAAAUUAUGCAAUUAUGGCAUUACCUUUUUCAGAACACAUGAACUGGGGAGGGAUUUUUCGCUCCCACUUUCUUCUUUUUCUUUUGUUUUUAUUACCCUCGGUUGCAGUUAGUAGCGUGCCAGGUUUGGAAUAUGACUGGGGAACGCAACCCAAGCUUGUUUGCAUCCCUAUCCCUGCAGAUGCAGACCCUAGUUGUUUUACACCAGGCGGAGCUUCGCAUGGGACUUCACAUGGGGCUUCGCAUGGGGCUUCGCAUGGGGCUUCACAUGGGCCAAACAGCAAUGGACAUGGGAACGGCCAUGGCAAUGGACAUCACGGGCCAGUUAGUGGACUGCCGAGUAGUCACAGCGGAGCCAGCAGUAGUAGUAGCCGACACGGCAUUUCCGAUGAGGCCAAAGCCACCAUCCUUCACCUGAGGGAGAGCCUUGUGCGACAGAAGGAGACCAUCUUGGAUCAGCGAGAGACCAUUCGGGAGCUGACGGCAAAACUGACUCUCUGUGAGAGCUUUGGGAGGGGACACCACGAAGACAACCAUCACGGCACUUCACAACACAACUCCCAGCAUUCCUCACACCACUAUGAGGGCCACCAUGCUGACCCACACUUCCCUUUAAACGGGCAUCGCAGUGACCAUCACAGAGGAAAAUCUCCAUAUCUGGGCAAACACAGCUUCUCCCCAGAACAGACAGGAAAAACCCUGCAGGCCCUGAAGGAGAGGCUGGAAAAUCUUCAGGCAAGAAAUUCUUCCAGUUCCUAUUCAAGUUCAUUGAGAGACCUCCUACAGCGCAAGAUCAACGCUCUGGAAGAACAGCUCCAUCAUCACUAUGACAGUCACUACGGUCAUCACGACAGCCAUCACGGAUAUGGACAUCAUGAGGAUAGCCAUGACCACGAUGACCACCAUAAUAGCCACCACAAUGGCCACCACGAGGACCAUCAUGAUAACCACGACAGCCACCAAGCAAACCAUCACGAUGACCAUCACUCCGGUAACCAUCGUAACCACCAUUAUAGUUAUCGCUAUGACCGUCACACGGACCACCCUGAUGAUCACCAUGAUGACCACCAUGGCAAUCACCAAGACAAUCAUCAGACUGGCCAUGAUGAUCAUCAUGACAGCCACCACAACAGCAACCACCAUGAUGAUCAUCAUGACGAUGGCCAUCAUGGCAAUGGGCACCAUGAUGACGGACACCAUGGAAAUGAUGAUCAUGCUCAUCACCCACAAACCUCAUUCAAACCACCUGGGUCUAGAGCACCUGUCCGUGGAGCCAUCAACAAACUAGACGCAGUGCUGAGUAACCUUCACCACAAAACUCCAGAACAAGGACCAAAUAAGAAGCCCAAGAGUCCUGAUGCUUUUCAGAUUGGCUUCCCGAUGCGCACCAACUACAUGUACGGGCGAAUCAAGCGCACCCUUCUGAGCGAGAUCUUCGCCCUCACAGUCUGUCUUUGGUUGAAAGGGGGCUCAGGUCCCGGGAUUGGAACGCCAUUCUCCUACUGUCCCGGUCAGGCCAAUGAGCUUGUCCUGAUUGAAUGGGGCAACAAUCCCAUGGAGCUUCUGGUAAAUGACAAGGCAGUUACUCUUCCUCUUUCUCUGACGGACAGUAAAUGGCACCACCUUUGUAUAACGUGGUCCACACGUGAUGGCAUGUGGGAGGCUUAUCUGGACGGUGUGAAAAGGGGCUCUGGAGAGAAUCUAUCCCCGUGGCAUCCCAUUAAACCGGGAGGAGUCUUCAUCCUCGGACAGGAGCAGGACACACUGGGCGGCCGUUUCGACGCCACGCAGUCUUUUGUGGGCGAGAUGUCGGAUCUGCAGCUGUGGUCCCGUGUGCUCACCUCCACUGAGAUCUACAACCAAGCGUCCUGCUCCAGCCACCUCACCGGCGACGUCAUCACCUGGAGCGAGUCCAUGGUGGAACUUCACGGAGGCGUCACAAAGUAUCCGUUCGACCCAUGUCAUUAGGAUCUGACCAAACAGAGCCUGGUUCUCCACACCUCUGCUUCACGUGUGGCUGGAAAAGUGGAGAAUCCUGAGGACUGCAGCCGCUCAGUGGAAGAUAAUAGGAUUCCACGCAGGUCUACAUAGGCCUCGGUCAUUUAACUAAGCAUUUUAUUAAUUUAAGAGUUGCAUACUGCGUAUCGAUAAGCACUUAGGAUGUCAACAGACUGGUUGAACUCCAUCGCGUGGUUUUGAUUCACUUCCAAACACUAAUGGAAGAACUUCAGUAUGUUGUACUUUCAAACUCUCCACAACAACAAUUAAUGACGGUUGGCAUGUACUAUUAAAAAAGGUGGGACAAUGUGGUCUGUUUUUAUAUCUAUGUGAUGUUAAGUGAAAUACAGAUUUGCAAAUAUAUUUUUUUUGGUUGCUUUGUAUUCUCUCUAGGCAGCAUGGGGGCAGCAGUGAGUCUUAAAGGCUUACUGCAUUAUUACAUGUCAUUUAUGCUGCAUUUUUUAAGCCAGAACUUCAGUAGUUUAUAACCUGAGGUGCUCUUUUAGUCUUGCAAAUCAAGAAUAACUUAUGCCGGAGAAUAAAUAAAUUGUGUUUUUUUUAUGUAUAUAAAUUUGUAUUACAGAAAGCCGGAAAAUGUGCAUGCAUGAGAGAUUGCGGUUUUCUGUUGCAUUAGAAGACCUGAAGUGUUGGAAAAGAUGGGAUUUUUUCAUAUGUACUAUGUACAAGAUGGCAAGCGUUGCCUGUGGAAAGGUGGACUGCUGUAAAGGGUUUAAAUACAGGGAAACUAGAAGGUGUCCAUGGAGACCUAAAAGGGGAUUAAAGAGACUCUCUGUUUCAUAAUACAUAAUGCACUUUUUUGUGUUUAAACACAUGCACUUGUAGACUGCUGCUUCAAGAGGACUUGUCGCUGUGAAUGUAAAUGAGUCGAUUGCACAUUGUGAAUGUUAUUCUGUGAAAUGUUUUGUAAAUGGUUACAUGCAUAUAUUGUAGAUAUUUGUUUUGAGGGCAAGGGAAAGUCCAAUGAGGAUACAAUGAACAGAUUUUUUUAAUUAUGGAAUGAUUAACUUAAGUACAAUAUCGUUUUAAGCAGUGAUUACAGUGACAAUUACAGUAUAUACAUUGUUUUGUGUUGUGGGGCUAUGAAAAGAUUUUUCUGUUUACUACGUUUUUCAUAAUUAGUGCAAUUUAAUAUAAUAUAAACAUCAUCUCAUCUUUAUAAAUUUUAAGAGUUUGGGCUCUAACAAACCACAACAGGAUUUUAUUGACUGCAUAUGUAAGUUUACUUUCUUUGUGAACUUUAAUUGGUCUAAAAAAAACAUAUCGUGUUACUUUAGAACAUGUGUUAUUGUGGGCAAAGACUUCCAGAAUUCAUACCUCCAGCAGUUUAUUAAAAUGCUGCUUCUUAUUGUUAUGGAUUUAACCUAUAAUCUGGAGGCAUUUUUAGGUUAUGCAUUUUCAUUGUUAAAACCCAUUUAUUGUUUUGUUAAACUUUUUAACUAGAUGGCCAAAUGUACACACAGAUAUAGCCUGAAUGACACUUUACAGAUUUACCAGUUAGAUAAUCUUCCAACCUGACUGGUCAGAUUUAUGUAUGCAUGCAUUUGUAUGCAUUUGCUUGCGUUUGUUUAAAAUGAACUGCAUAAAUCAACUGUUAAAACCGCUCAACCUCGCCUUUGGUAUAUAUCUGUAUCCAGAUGCACUUAGUUUUUUCUGUUGUUGUUUUUGUCGCUCUCUCUCUUCUUUAUAAUCUAUAAUUUAUGUAUAUAGCAGAUAUACUGUAUGUAUAUAUCCUAUUUUUACUCAAUAUUAACAAUAUGUUUGGGCAUGUCUUUAAUGCCUUUAAGCCAAAAUGUACAAGCUUAACUUGAGACAAGCAUGUAUUUAAUUAUUUUUAAAUAAAGUAAUGAUUUUCAACUAA